GGUAAAAAGAAAGCUAUUUAACUGUAAAGUUGUUGAGAAGACUUGGAAUUAAGUAGACGAAUACCACGGUCUGGUUGAGAAACAGAAGAAGCUUAGAAACCUCUGAAACUAUCACACCUGAAGAGGUUUUUCAGCAUUUCAGGAUCAACUGAGCUUCUCAGGACAAGUAACUAAAAGAACUCAACUCUAGAACGAGCUGGUUGAUCUGAGACCAACAGACCAACUUUAACAUCAUCGCAGCUAAUGUCCACACCUUCCUAACACGUCUCCGAAAUCAACAGGAAGUCGGAAGGGUCAGAAGAAUGAGUUGAGCAUGAGGAGAAGCAAUACCGUUUGAAAACCUGUUCAUCAGCAAGCUUUUUGGAACAAAAUCCUGAACACAGAGUUCAAAUCUUCAGAAGACAGUUGUGAUAAUAGUUGUGCGCGACAUAAAUAACGUGCUGAUCUUUAGGUGCUCAGCAACAGCUGCCAUGCUUAACAGUGCAGUGCUCGUGUCUGUAAUGAAGGUUGUCAUGAUGAUGCUGAUGGUUCUUGGGACGGGAGCGGAGGCAGCACCCACAGAGAGAGGCUUUGUGAAACCUCUUCCCAGUCUCACUCACGCAGAGAAGUCUUCAGCACUAAAUCCAAGCCAGUACCUGAAACACUGGCUCCUGAGUACCAAAGCUGGAGUGGACGGGACAACAAGAAUCACUGACAAAACCACUACAAGGACUAUCAUUGCUGGAAACAGAGCAGGGAGGUUGAGGACCAACCCUGCGACAGCCGGUCCAGAUAAACGAGCCCAGAUGCUGAAGAUGAUCUCAGCCCUGGAGGAGCUGCACAGGACAUUUAACAGCACACUGAGCUCACGGAUCACCAUCAUGCCCCGAGCAAACGGCAGAAAUUCAGGAAGAAGAAAUAAAGUGCCUCCUGCUCCUGAAGGAAGGGUGAAGCCCACCACUGCGGCCCCAGCAGCAGUUGAUAGCACUGCGUCCAGAGCAAGUGUCGUCGUCCCCAGUCUGACUGGUCGAAACUUCAAGAAGUCCCUCCCACCGCAGACCAAGAAGACCAACAAAAGAGUGUGUUUCUGGAAGUACUGCUCCCAGAACUAAUCGUCUCUCAGCCAAUGUUUACCUUCCCACCGCUGGUCUCCCUCCAUACUCGCCCACUUUAUCCCACACCUCACACACCAAUCACCUUCUCCCAUCCAUCCAUCCAUCCAUCCAUCCGUCCGUCCAUCCAUCAUCUAUCCAUUCAUCCACCCAACCAACCAUCCAUCCAUGCAUCCAAAAGAUCUAAUUAAUCCAUCUGGUCACAUUGUGGUCAUUAUCAUGAAAUGAUCCAAGCCCUGUAGUACACAUCUUACAUAAUGUAUACAAUGCAGCUGGGUAACUGUGUGGGGUAAACCACGCCCAGUGUUGCCAACUCUUUUCCAAUGAAAGUAGCUAGCAGCACUAGCUCCAAAGGUCACUCAAUCUAUCGAGUCGGCAACAAGGACAGCUGUCCCUUCAGGCCUCCCUCCAAAGACACUCCCCCAAAAUGAUCCUUUAUGAAUGUAAACAACCAACAUGGCUAUUGUUAGCACACACAGCUGUCAAGAUAGAAACUU